AUGAUCUCUAGAUAUCUGAUCGGUCUCUCCAAGACCAGAGUUUUUAAUGUGGUCGGUUGUAGAGGCUUUAUAUCGAGUGGUAGUUUGCUAGGCUCUACAAGCAAAAAUGGAUCGCUAUUUGGUUCCAUAACUAAGGGCGCUGAUGUUCUUUCUAAUGAUGAUCCAACUAAGACUUCCAGUAGAUUGGGCUUGGCGGCUGAUGCGAUGGAUAAGGAAGAGAUGGAAAUGGAUAAAGAACUGAAGAAUAAGGUUACGUUACAAUCGGACAGUGAACUAAAUGAAUAUAUUGUUAAACAGCAACAGCCUAUAAAACUUGCGCCUGACUUGUUGCUUUCGCCUUUAAAACGUCAAAUCUAUGAAGCCAAUUGUAAGUUGAAUGGUGGCUUCUACAAAAAGGACACUAUUGUCAGACUUCCAAAUUCUUCAGCUGAAUAUAAACUCAAACUGUCCCGCGAGGAGAUAGAUGCUUUAGAACCAAGCGUCUACGUGAAAUCUUAUAGAAUAAAGUCUUCAAUGAAAAAGGCCACACUAUUGUUACGGUUAUUGAAUGGAUUAGAUUUAAAAAAGGCCAUUACUCAGUGUCAUUUCUCGGAUAAAGGGAUAUCUCGUGAAGUUGGUGAAUUGUUACAAAAAGGUCUAGAAGAUGGACGUAAAUUAGGCCUUGAUGAAAAUGAUUUAUAUAUAUCACAAAUCUGGACAGGUAGUGACGGGGUUUGGGGCAAACGUGUAGAUAUUAAAGGAAGAGGCAGAGCAGGUGUGAUCAGACACCGUUUCGUGCAUAUUAGGUGUAUUCUAAAGACCAAGAGCGUUACGAAGAAAAGAUUAGAAUACGAAAAUAGUCUAAAGGAAUUGCGGAAAAAGCCCUGGGUUCAACUAGCAGAUAAGCCUGUUAGAGGUAGCAUGGGAGGUGUAUACAGAUGGUAA